GUAGGGGUGCGCUCUGGUCUACCUUCGGACGAAGCCCAUACCUAGUCUCAAGUCUGUACAGCCAUGUAUGCCCCAGCCCUUUCGAACUCAUCCAAUAAUUUUCUGUGCUAGGUUGGUCAAUGUUUCCGGACCACCUUACGACACCUUGCAUAGCCAUGCUCGUGUUCAUCCACCGCUGAAUUUCACACGAGUGCUAUACAUCCCUCGGCAUGACUCCAUGACUUCUCAUCUCCCCCUAUACGACGUCGCGGAGAGAUAUCAAAAUUCGAUUAGAGGUUCGGUUUUUGGCAGUUAUCUGCACUCUGUCAACCUGAGUUACAUGGAGAAACCACGUGGGGACAACAUGAGCGCUCGAGUAGAAUAUCUAGUCGAUUCCAACAAGGAGAUGGAAAAGUGUUCUAGGCUGCAAGUUCAGCGUAGAACCCUAGAGCAUGGCAACAAUAUCGCGGCAACAGCGUAGGUGUUGUGCCCGUAAUCAUUGAAGAUUCACGAUGCUAAUCAUCUCAGUCUGGUCUCCUCAUUUGGUAUCGCCGAGUGUCACCUUCGGGAUGAACCCAGUAAGGGUCCAAUGACGACAUCCUUUCCUAUCGAGCCAAGUAUCAGGGGAGAGUACAAAGUCCCACGCCCUUAUUUCACUUUCUGCCUCCCAGCGCGGGGAGGGGAACCCGAGAAAAAUGGUCCAGUGGCAAGUCCAUCCUGGGCCUAACAGCCUGUUUCGUUACACCUUGGUCAAUAUGUUCGUCGGGAACAAAAGAGCCUGAGAUCCUCGCAAUCUAUAUACAUAUUGGUAUUGUGGCGUAGCUGCCUACGGACUUCAGCGAGGGCGUCCUCCUACUCCCCAAGGGCGGCAGCCAAGAAGAGGAAGCCAUUGUGGUAGCCAGCUUACUGGCCAUGUUGCACCAAUUACGCGAUAAUAAAUUGAUGCGACCCAGCAGAACCAGCUCGACCUCAUUAAAAUUAAUGAAGAGGAUAAUUUCCAAAAUGCGACAGCAUUAACCACUUGACCGGGAUUGUGAAGCCGCAACGUGAAAGUAAGGCUAUACGAGAGAUAGGCGUGGUUUAAUUCUGUCUUGGCCGCGUUUCUUUCUUCUUUUUCUUCUUUUUUUUUUCUUUGUCAGAACUUCCGGGCCAACAUGUGGAUGAGUAACUAUAAGAUUCCAUGCGCUAUUUCUCAGCCCUGCAUCUGCU